AGGAUAAUUAGUAUCUGCAUAUAAAUACACUCUUAAUAUAUUUAUUAAGUCAUUAAGUGGUCACGUUUCGCAGCAAUAUGAUCGCCAAGGUCUUUGUAGUUCUCGCAUUCCUGGCGUAUGUUACCAAUUCAACACCGGUCGAUGAGCAAAAGCCUUUUGAUUGUCCGCCAAAUGAAAUAUAUUACAAAUGUAGCCCAUUGGCCUGCUACAAGAAAUGCGAGCACCUUCUGAAGCCACGAGCAUGUCCCUUAGUUACAGCGGAUUGCUAUCAGCCCGCUUGUGAAUGUAUUAACAAUUAUUUACGCGAUAAGCAGGGCAAAUGUAUACCUACAAUUGAAUGCCCUAAACUUCCCAACUUAAACGGGCAAUCGUGAGAUGCGAGAUGAAUGUUCGGAGGGACCGGACCGUGUGUGUCUUAAAUGUUUAUUUAUCAUUAGCAAUUAAAUAAAAUUAUAAUUGCAAGCAGUAA